CCUGACAUGUUGACUCCCCUUCUAAAACCUCUUUCAGCUCUAUGUGCUAUCAAUCCCUUGUCCUAAAAAGCGCCCUUCUCCCCCUGUAAUUAAAUACAUAAAUACCUCCACAGCUCAUCAGGGAGUCAUCAUCCCUCCGAGUUCAACAGAUCCCACCAAGAAAAUAGGGAAGGAAAGAAGAAAAACCAUCCUCCUUUCUCUCUCACGCCCUCGACUAUUAAUUCAAUCUUUGUGUCCUGUCCAAAUAAAGCAAAACCCUCGUCAAAAACAGUAAAAACACCCCGCAAGCUCAAGGAACAGAAACGAAAAUCAGAGUCAGCGCAAAACUUGCCUGAACUUGAGAUUCUUUGUCCCUUUUGAUUGCUCUCUCUUACGAAUAUAUUGCCAGUUCUUAGCUAGCUUCUAGCUUCUGCGGUGUCAUCCAAACCCAUGGAGCCAGCACACCAGCUUCCUCCUCCCUAAUAUCUACAGAGGGUCAUCUUUCUAUAGACCCUUUCCUUUCUUCUCUUUUCUGGCCUCCUCUUCAUCUUCUUGAUUGGAUUGGAUUCUCUUUUCAAGAAUUAAUGGUUUUUUUCUUGUGUUUCUAUAAUCAAUUGUUGCGGCUGGAAUCAAGAGAGCAUUUCUUCUCAGCUUCAUUUCUUGAUAAACAAUACUAUUAACAUUAGCGACAAACGCAACUCCGACAAUCAGUGUAUUAUGCCAUUCGCAUCUUCUUCAUCAUUGAUAAAGCGCCGGCCCCUUUUAAGACACGCCAACUCCUCAGGUUCCUCCUGCUGCAGCGGGCGUUUUGGUGAGAUAGCGGGAGGGACAACAGCAGAGUGUGCAGCGAUUUGUUGUUGUUGUCCAUGUGGAUUAGUUAACCUUUUGGUUCUAACUAUCUACAAGAUUCCUGCCGGAAUAUGUCGACGUGCUUUGAAAAGAAAACAACGGAAAAAACUGAUCAAGAAAGGCCUUUUCCCCCCGCGAGGGAGGGGUUAUGGCUGUGGAUGCGAUGAUCCGGAAUUACAUAUUCAUCCAAUGGCUCGUGUUGAGGAUUCAUUGCGAGAGUUCGAUGGUGAGGAGGCUGUGAAGAAGGAGGAAGCUAUGCUGAGGUUGGAGAAGGAGAUGUGGGAGACCUUCUACGGUACUGGAUUCUGGAGAAGUCCUUCACAAAGAGAAUUACCAGCUAAGUGGAGCAUUAGUUCUCCAAGAGAGACACCCAACGCUAGACUCUAAAGGCUAAUUAAAUUUAAGAAAAUAGAUCAUUAGCAGAGCUCAAGAUUUGGUCUUUGCCUCUUUUUAUUAUUUACUAUUGUUUUUACUUUUCACCUGUCUGCAAAUUUGUUUUUUAAUUAUUA